CAGCUCUGACCGCGCUCGCUCUUUGCCAGAUCCAGGCCGGGACCAGACACAGGAGCAGGACCGUGCCCAUGGCCCCUUCCGCAGGGCAGCACAGACAUUUAGCAACCUGAUAGGACCUCCGUGCAGAGAAAUGAUCACCAUGCUGACUAAAGGCACGGCAAAGCCUGACACCAUGCUAACUCAGAGUCUGGCUUCUGCCCCCAGUAUGGAUUUCUUUGGGGAGAGAGUUGUGUCCCGUCGAGAUGAAGUGCCGGCCGUUGUGAGGAAAAUGCACCAGAGUCUCUCCUCCAACACACCUCCAGAUGACAGGCUGUUUAUCAACAUUCUGAGGCUGACUGAUGUGUACCCUGCUGAUGUUGUGUUCACCCUCCUGCGCUGUGCCCCAUUGUGUGACAGAGCUGCUGCAACCAUGUGGAAGACCAUCGCCUCAUCGGGAAUGACAGUGGAGAAGGUGCUGCCAAAGCUGCUUCGCGUGAUGGAGGACUGGCCACUGCACAGCACGUCCACCUCUGACGGGGACAAAACAGAUGUCUUUGCCCUGGCUGCAACCAGGGUGAUUUGGGAGAUCCUCCGCCUGCCCUGGUGCCCAGAGCCACUGGUGAAAUAUUCCCCCCCUCUCCUUGUGCAUCUGCUCUUCCAAGUCUUCAUCAGCACAAAGCAGAUGCCGGAGGAGGUCAACGCCUUCUGGAGGGGAUGCCGGGAGAAACGCGGCCUUCCUGCCAACCCCAACAGGUUUGCAGGGCAGACUGUGAAGGCACUGCUUCGCCGUCUACGGUGUCUACAUUUGGUGAUGGCAAUGGAACGGAAGCGUGGCUGGGACACGCUCCUCAACACUGACACCCACCACUACGCAGUGGGUCUGCUGGCCAGUGCCCGUGGUCAUGGGCCGGAGGGCCUUGUCACCCAGGGAUGGCCGAGCAGAGUGGCAAAGGUCCUGGACUGCCUGGACAUGACUGACUGCGGUGAAAGCAUCCUGGAGAUCCUUUCAAAGCACCUACAGAGUGAAUGCAAAGACAGACGUCGCCUGGCACUCAGAGGCCUCGUGGUGCUGAGCAAGGAUCCUAUGAUGGCCAAAAGAAUGUGCAUCCUCUCUGAAAGCCUUGUGGAGCUACUGCAGGAUGCAGAUGUAGAGGUGGUCGAGAUGGCCUUGCCGAUGUUCAUGAAUAUGCUGCAGAACAAAGACAUCCUAAUCUCCAGGCCCACUGCCCCAAAGCUGGCUGAGGCACUCCGUCCACUCUUUGACAGCGACAACAGCCAUGUGCAGGUCCUCUCCAUUUGCCUCUUCCGAAAGGUGAUGGAGUCGGUAGUGGCUGAGGGAAAGAAGCCCCUGGAGAGAUAUGUGAGCCAGAGCCUGUUCCCACUCUUUUUGCACUGGCAUGAGGAGAAACAGGGACUGGCAGAGGCCUCUCGGGAAGCGCUGCUUCGUGCAGCCAAGUUUCUGAAGAGGAGGGAUCUCAGUCAGCUGCUGAAGACAGAGCAGCCAUUGAAAUUUAGCGAGCGCCUGCUGGAAAAGGACAAGAGAAGAGCGGCCGAGUACCUGCACCAGGCCCUGCUGUACCUGGAGAGCCCACAGGAGUCCGUGCGAGAGGCGGCCCUCAAGUUCAUUGGGAUCGCCGGGGGGUACCUGCGGGGACAGCCCGAAGAGCUGCAGGUCAUCUACGAGGCCCUUCAAGCCAUGAGAAAAGACAACUGCCCCUCCUACACAAGCGUGAUGGUUCAAGCCCUCUUUGACCAAAGAGCUCUAGUAUUAAAUUCAUCUUCUGCAUCGAGACAAGCGGUGCCCCUAGGAAAGCAUCAGAUACCAUUCAACAGGAGACCACCUGGAGACCAGAGGAAACCAUCUGGAGCUCCAGACACUGAUCCCAAGCCCAACUGAGCCUGCCAGGAAGGCCUUGUGGCUCCUGGCCUGUCCUUCCCUCUUGACCCGUCCCUGCCUCCAUACUGCUCCAUCCCUUUAGCCUUCAGACCCAGCCUGUUCCCUUCUGCUCCCAGCUCAUCCCUCCACUUCCCCUUCCCUUAAUAAACAGUUGGGUUUCUCCCCCCUAUCUGCAUCUUUGUGGAACUGAAA